UUUUACCCAGGUGUACAACGGUUAUUUCCGUAUGCCAUCAAUCGACUUUAGGAUUUAUGUUAUUUCACCUAUCUGAAGCUUAUCAUAUCACUCAUUACCCAAAGGUCUUUGAAACAAACUUUCCCAUGGUGUUGUCUAUCCCAAUCAAAAAUCAUCUUCUUGUCUAAUAAGAUUCGGACAUUGCUUAAUUUUGAUUUUGUUUCAACAACUGUUAAAACUAUUCGACAUUUUCCAUUUUUGUCAGGAUGAUUUAACGUUACAAGGAAGUUUUUACAGGUCUAAUGUAUACGUGUAUAAAUUAGAACUAUAGAAGGUGGUUUUAGGUGGUUGGUAUGGUGAAUAUAAACAACAAAAAUUUCUAUACGUUCUACAUUUUCUGAAAUAAAAACAAAAAGUAGAAUUUUCUUUUUGUAUUUUGAAAUAGGCAAAGAUCUUUUUGACCUUUGAUCCACAACUUCUUAAGGUCAAGUUAAGAUAUUUUUUUUUACCAAACAAAGAUUGAAGAAGAUAGUAGCCUAGCAGGUAUAACAUACACAUCCACAAAGCACAUUCAUCUUUCUCCAACUAUAGCACCUAGAAUUCGAAUUAGAAAAACCGAUAGCAAUGAAACAACAUCGUUUCAACAUGUUGACCUAACCAAACUUUGAGUACUUUUUAUAUGUAAUGAUAAGAACGUGGCUAGAAUUGGAACAAAACAACAAAUGCAUAUCAUCUCAUCAUCUAUCAACAAUAAUCCUCUAAAUAUAACUCAUCAAGCCGAUAACAUUAAGAAAAUACUAACUUCUACACGUAUACACGUAUACAUACAAUAAAAAUUAAAAUACAACUAAAGUGCUUAAAAUAUGAGUACAAUCAAUCAAGAAAUAUAUAUGAAAAUAUAUAAAAAUUGGGUAAUGGGAUGGUCACGUCCACGUUCAGGUUUCCUGAUUUACCGCUUUCAUCUCUCUCUCUCUCUCUAAAUUGCCUUUGUAAAGUUUCCUCCUUUCUACGCAAAAACGAACGCAGAUCUUAAUGCAGCUACAGUGAUUUCGAUCUUUUGAGUAAAAUAUAAGCUCUCGGUGAUUGGAUUGUUUCGAUCAGCAUCUGGGUUUCCUCAAAGCCAUUCUUAUUACUUCCACUGAUACCAACCAUGUGGAAGUUCAAACCUUUUGCUCAGAAAGAACCUUCGGGUCUCGAAGGCCGGUACCUCGAGAUAGGAAGCCUCAAAGUCCACGUAAGAAACCUCAUCGCGGAAGGAGGCUUCUCCAGCGUUUACUUAGCUCAAGACACGAACCACGCGUCGAAGCAGUACGCUUUGAAGCACAUCAUAUGCCACGACGAGGAGUCGCUCGAGCUCGUGAUGAAAGAGAUCUCGGUCCUGAAAUCUCUGAAGGGGCAUCCGAACGUGGUCGCGCUGCACGCGCACGGUAUCUUAGAUAUGGGGAGGAACAAGAAGGAAGCUCUUUUGGCGAUGGAGUAUUGCGGGAAGUCUCUUGUGGAAGUGAUUGAGAACAGAGGUGCUGGUUACUUUGAAGAGAAACAGGCUCUUUCGAUUUUCAGAGAUGUGUGUAAUGCUGUCUUUGCGAUGCAUUGUCAGUCCCCACGCAUUGCUCACAGAGACUUGAAGGCUGAGAAUCUUCUGUUAAGCUCAGAUGGACUGUGGAAACUAUGCGAUUUCGGAAGCGUUUCAACAAAUCACAAAGUAUUCGAAAGAGCAGAAGAGAUGGGAAUUGAAGAAGACAAUAUUAGGAAACACACAACACCAGCAUAUAGAGCUCCUGAGAUGUGGGAUCUCUUUAGAAGGGAGAUUAUAAGUGAGAAGGUCGAUAUAUGGGCUCUUGGUUGUCUUUUGUUUCGGAUAUGCUAUUUCAAGAGUGCAUUUGAUGGAGAAUCAAAGCUUCAGGUUUUAAACGGGAACUACCGUAUACCUGAAUCUCCCAAGUACAGUGCCUCUGUUACUGAUCUCAUUAGAGACAUGCUUCAAGGCUCACCUGAUGAACGACCAGAUGUUACACAGAUUUGGUUUCGUGUCAACGAGCAGCUUCCUGCUAAUUUACAGAAGUCAUUACCUGAUCAACCACCUGAAAUGCCAUCUGCUGACGUUUCACCAAAACCAGCAAGCAAAUCUUCUCCGGCACCUCGUAGAAGUCCACCACCGCCACCAUCAUCAUCUGGAGAACAAGCUAGUGGAGGCCCUCUCGGUGCCUUUUGGGCCACUCAGCAUGCUCAAACCUCUGUUGUAUCAGAAGACAACAAUAGUAACACAUCUAAAAAGCCUAAUCCUGCUGCAACCAGUAACAGGCCAAGAGUGUCAAAGGACGAUGCGUUUAACUCGUUUGUUGCUGACUUUGAUACGGCGAAGCUCGAUAAUGGUAAUAAACCUGGAAAAGAAGAGGCGUUGGAGGCUGAGAUAGAGAGGUUAAAGGAUGAGUUGAAGCAAACAAAGUCAGAGAAGGCUGAGAUUACGGCUAAGUUUGAAAAGCUUUCUGCUAUCUGCAGAUCGCAGAGGCAAGAGUUGCAGGAACUCAAGCAAACACUUGCCUCUAAAUCUGCGUCAGCCUCACCAAGCAGAGACUUGUCACAUAACCAAACAUCUCCAGGGAUGCGUUCCGUGUCUUCAACUCCAUCGAGAGAUAGGGCUGAAGGAAGUGUUUGGGAUCUUCAGCAAACAGACAGAUCUGAUUGGUCAACAGGAAGCUCGGAUCCAAACUCAUGGCAGCCUUUUAGUGAUGAACCAAAACCUGUGUUGGAAUCUCCAUCAAAGUCUGUGAGGACCAAAAGCAAACCGGCUUCUUCAGCUCCUGCUCCAGCAAGCCAAGGUUUUGAGCCAUGGGGGUUCGAGACAGAGUCCUUCAGAGCAGCUGCAACGUCUUCAGCGUCUGCAACACAAAGAUCCGCAAGUUCUGGAAACAGUUCACAGAGAUUUGGGAACACGAAGAUGAGAGAGAACCAGAAAGCUGCUCAACCUGCAGGAUGGGCUGGCUUCUAAAAACUUCCACUCUAUCUCAAUGCUUAUUGCUAUUCCUCGUAUUACAGAAUCUUGAAUCUUUUUUUGUAGAUGAACGACCAUUCUCUGUUUUUGUGCUGCUAUAUAUAUAUAUAUCCACUGUUUCUGUAGAUUGUUUGAAAUUUACAGAUCUGUUUUUUUUUGCGGAA